UGUGCCACUUUCAGUCUCCUCACACUGCUGUGUGUUGAAUUUUUUGAACAUAGGGUAUUGGCAGAUUACGGGCCUCCCAUUGCUGCUGCCAGCCCCUUAAUCUGCCCAUGGUGGGCCCCUAAUUACCGCCUCCUCAUGCUGCUGCCAAGGUCCAGAGUGUGUCAUGGGUCCCCUGUACGGCCUCCCAAUUGCGAUGCUGUCUCUAUCGCCACACUCUGCCAUGUGCCACUUUCAGGUCUCCUCACACUGCUGGUGGUUCCAUUUUUGUCAUAAUAGGGUGCUGUAUGGCCUCCCAUUGCUGCUGUAACCUCCACCGCCACACUGUGGCUCCACACUCUGGUUUUGGCCCCGUGACUGCCCAAAAUGAGUGAAGUGUGCGUGUUGAUUCUAAGAUCGACGGCACUCAUCUGCAUGUCAUACUG